AGGAAGCAGCACAGAAUAUAUGUUAAGGGCACCGACAUACCAGCGCCUCUCAAGGAGUUCUCGGAUGUGUGCAAGAAACGGAAAUUCUACAAAAAGCUGCUGGCGAAUAUCGAGGAAAGCGGCUUUCUUGCGCCCACCCCCAUCCAGAGACAAGCAGUGCCCCUUCUUUUGAAGAAGCGAGAAGUCCUUUGUGUGGCACCCACAGGCUCUGGGAAAACGCUGGCCUAUCUGCUGCCCAUCAUCAUCCAGGCGAAGCUGGGCGCCCUGAAGGGGCGAGAAGGGGUGAAGGCUCUUCUGGUGGGCCCCACAAGGGAAUUGGCAGCUCAGAUCGCGCGAGUGCUGACUCGCCUUGUGAAGGGGCUGCACCUGCACUGCUGCCUGCUCAGUGCAGCCGGGGUUACAGCAGGCACUGACUUCACAAAGGUAUUGCUGCUGCAGAUGGACAUCGUUGUGGCGACACCUUUGAGGCUGAGCAAGCUGGCGAAGAAGGCAGACUUCAGCAGCGUGGAGUUCCUGGUCUUUGACGAGGCAGACAAGCUGCUGGACCAAGGCUUUGUCACGCAGAUGGACAAGGUCGUGGCUGCAUGCACCAACCCUCGCAGGGUUGCUGCAUUUUUCAGCGCGACGCUGCCAGAGAAGGUGGAGGAGCUGGCGCGCAGCCUGCUUAAGCAGCCGGUUCGCGUGACGGUGGGCGAGCGCAACAGCGCGGCCGCGUCCGUGCAGCAGCGACUGGUGUUUGUGGGCAAUGAGGCCGGCAAGCUCAUCGCGCUGCGCGACCUGCUGGGCCUGGGCACCCGGCCGCCCAUCCUCGUGUUCACCAACUCCAAGCAGCGCUGCUCCGCCCUGCACAGGGAUUUGGCGCUGGAAGGGGUGUUGGUGGACAGCAUCUCAGCGGAUCAGGCGCCCUCAGCUCGAGCGGCGACGGUUGACAGGUUCAGGGAAGGCCGCAUGCAUGUGCUGGUCUGCACGGACCUGAUGGCAAGGGGCAUCGACUUCCUGAACGUCCAGACUGUCAUCAACUAUGACUUCCCUCUGUCUGCCGUGGAUUAUGUCCACAGGGUGGGCCGUACUGGAAGAGCCGGCCGCACUGGCCAGGCCAUCACCUUCUUUGAGGAGCGAGAUGCAGGCAAGAACUAG